GGGAAAGAGCAGACGGAGAGAGGGAGGCCGCUCAGAGCUCAGGGCCGCUGCCAGGGCAUCGCUGCCGGGUGCGACCCGGGACAACCCUUCGGGGGACUGUGCGCGCGCGCGGGGACCGCGGCUCGCUCACACCUGCAGGGUCCGGUCUGGGGGCGGUUCCUGGUCCCUCAUUCUAGCGCCCGCUAACUUUGAAAAGGAGGAUUUGUGUCCUGCAGAGGUUGAGACACAAAGGGUAGGGAAGGAACAGAGGAGAGAAAAGCGACUGAGGCCGGAGGAGAAGAAGCUCGAGCAGACUCUUGAGCCAUUCGGAGGAGGACUGGACCGCGGAGACCCGGGCGGACCCGCGGAGGUGCGGGGCCAGGAGCCACGCAAGCAGCGCGGUCCGCGGGGCUGGGUCUUCUUGCACCUCGGGUCACGCCUCCUUGGCUGGAAGGCUCGUCGCCUUUGAUUACUUCCAGUUCCCGAGGACUUCCUGCCCUGGUGGAGAAGCGGGUCUGGCUUGGGUCACGCUCGCUUCAGGUCUUAGGCGUGAGACUGAGUUCAUUCACGGCUGGGAGCCCACAGCCAAGAGGGGUCGGGGGAACAGAGUCUGCGAGCCCCCGCGCCCCGAGUGAGGGGCCCCGAGUUGGAGUCCUCUCUCCCCUUGCUUCCGCUCCCCUCCACGCUUUGCGCCUCCCCGGAGACCCCUCGCCGGGAGAUGGCCGCAUUGAUGCGGGGCAAGGACUCGUCCCGCUGCCUGCUCCUUCUGGCCGCGGUGCUGAUGGUGGAGAGCUCACAGCUGGGCAGCUCCCGGGCCAAACUCAACUCGAUCAAGUCCUCCCUGGGCGGGGAGACGCCUGCACAAGCCGCCAAUCGAUCUGCGGGCACAUACCAAGGACUGGCAUUCGGCGGCAGUAAGAAGGGCAAAAACCUGGGGCAGGCCUACCCCUGCAGCAGUGACAAGGAAUGUGAGGUGGGGAGAUACUGCCACAGUCCCCACCAAGGAUCUUCGGCCUGCAUGGUGUGUCGAAGGAAAAAGAAGCGCUGCCACAGAGACGGCAUGUGCUGUCCGGGUGCCCGCUGCAACAAUGGCAUCUGCAUCCCGGUCACCGAGAGCAUCUUAACCCCUCACAUCCCGGCUCUGGAUGGCACUCGGCACAGAGAUCGAAACCACGGUCAUUACUCAAACCACGACUUGGGAUGGCAGAACCUAGGAAGACCACACACUAAGAUGCCACAUAUAAAAGGGCAUGACGGAGACCCCUGCCUACGCUCCUCAGACUGCAUCGAAGGCUUUUGCUGUGCUCGUCACUUCUGGACCAAAAUCUGCAAGCCUGUGCUCCAUCAGGGGGAGGUCUGUACCAAACAGCGCAAGAAGGGCUCUCACGGGCUGGAAAUCUUCCAGCGGUGUGACUGUGCGAAGGGCCUGUCGUGUAAAGUAUGGAAAGAUGCCACUUACUCCUCCAAAGCCAGACUCCACGUGUGUCAGAAAAUCUGAUCACCCCAAGGAGAGGCGCCGUCAGCAGAAUGUGAAUCUGCAUAUUCAAUGCAUCAUCGUACGUUGGAAAAGAGGACUUGCAUCCCAGGAGAAUGGCUAAAGGAACGUGCUGCGAAUCUAGAGCACAGAAAGAGAGAAAGAAAAAGAGAAGCAAGUGGAUGAGAAAGGGUGACGAGCGUAGUACAGCCAGUGUGUUUCCAUGAUGCAACUUGUUGAUGUAAAUAAUGUACACAUUUGUGAAAAUGCUGUUCCUGAAAAAAAUCACCGCGUGGAAAUUAGUGACAGAUACUGUGUGACUUUCCACAAGUUUAGCUUGUGCUGGAGGAUGUUUCCUUCAGGUUGGUGAUGGCCCAUAAAAAUAAUCUAAAAGCCAUAUUUCUAUUCAAACUUACAGUUUAACAAAAUACUCCCAGUGUAUCUUGUCAUAUGAUAGGCUCUAAAACAUGAGAAGAGUUGUUAACUAGGAAAUGAAAGCAUGGAGCAUAGUUAAUCUGCAACACAGAAUCACCUUUUACCUUGGAGCACUGUGUCUACUGCUCAAUUAAAGGGCUUGCUAGACAAGAGAAAAAGCAGUCAGUAUUUUCCACAUAUUUUCAAAAUAAUUGCAGGUCUUUUAUCAAGGCCUUUCAAAAAACAACCUUGGUCUUGCUCAAACUGCUUAUUUACAUUUUUCAAAAAUUUAAUUUCACGUAUAAUUAAUAAGAACUGGUGUAAUAAGACAGGAACAGUCCAUUCAGAUUCGAAAGGAAUCACAUUGGAUCUCUCUUAAUUUUAUGUGAUUCCUACCCUGGAUGUCUUUUACUUUCCAAACUAUGCCCAUUAAGUAUGAUUAGCACAGAGCAGAAUUUUCACAGGUUACAAGUAUUUUUAAGAUCUUCAAAAUAGGUGGGAAACAGAGCUAAUAGAUGAUUAUUUUUGAAGGCUUUGGCAUUCCCUAUGCUUUGGUAGAGUUAGAGUACACACAUUCUUUACGUCCUCUGCAGUACAGCAGGGACAGCUGACACAGAGCCUUCAGCUCCGUCUAUCCUGCACUGAAGCAGAGCAAGGCAACGGGAAAGACUGUCAGGGAUCCAGGUUUGGGCAACGCGUAGAUCAUAGGUCUGACUUGCAAACCGACUUUGCAUAGUUGAAGCCCCUGGCUGCCCAACCUAAAUGGAAAUUUUCCAUGGGAUUUGCUAUCACAAUAUUUACUAUGCAGAUGAGUUCGGUGUGAGGUCACUUGACCUCAAAAUAUUUCUUUUAUAUUUUUGAGGUCCUUAGAUAAUCUCAGUAUGAGGAGAACCUGCCAAUGACACCACCUGAUUUUGUUGCACCAAUCUCUCUCUCAAACAACUGUUUUAUUGCCAAAGAUAUAGUUUCCGUUUUCUGAAGCCAUUGAGAUUAAAAAAUAUAAACGGAAUAACUUGUAAAAUCUACAUAUCGCUAAUCUAUGGAAACCAUAGGUUCCAAAUUCUUUGAAACCAUUUUAUUGCUUUUUUACAUUACUCAGUCCUAAAUAUUACGUCUAAAGCAUAAAGCAAAAAAAAAGUUAUCUUGUAGUUGUUACCUUUGACCUUUUCUUUUGUAUUCUGCAAGUCACUCCUUAGUUUUAUUUUACUCAGACCCCAUCUGCAGUCUCAAACUCAAGGUCUCCCAGCAGAAAUUGAAGCUGAGCCCACGUCUAUUAAGAAUUUCAGCUUCCCACACAUAUUUACUAGGAUGAUUAAGACUUACAUUUUCCCCACAUGUCUGCUAAAGCAACAAUUACAAGCUAAUCUAUCCAAGAAGGAAAGUCUGUACAACAGGUUUCUACAAGCUUGGCAACAUGAAAAUGGAACAUUUCAGUCAAACAUUUCCUAUAUUGCAAUUACAUUCACAAUCUGGUUUCUGCAUUAUUCCCCUUAUGUACAUCCCUUCAAAAAUUAUUAUUUGAAGUAAUUUAUUUACAGGAAAUGUUAAUGAGAUGUAUUUUCUUAUAGAGAUAUUUCUUACAGAAAGCUUUGUAGCAGAAUAUAUUUGCAGCUAUUGACUUUGUAAUUUAGGGGAAAUGUAUAAUAAGAUAAAAUAUAUUAAAUUUUUCU